AUGGGUACUGGUCCCUCCACCGGCGACCUGGCAGACAUGCGCGCUGACCGCUGUACCAGGGGAGCUACGACUAAUUUUCGCAACCAUGGAGAAAAUGGAGAAGACCCACCUGAUUCGGUGUUCAAAGGAGGAAAUGGAGAAGACCCACCUGAUUCGGUGUCUAGCGGAGGAAAUGGUGAUGACCCACCUGAUUCGGUGUCCAGCUCUAAAGACAACGCAGACCCACCUGAUUCGGUGUCCAGCUCUAAAGACAAGGACAUGGAGUCUGAUUGAGGAAAUGGAGAAGUCCCACCUGUCUAUGUGACCUACAGGAGGAAACGGAGAAGACCCACCCCUGUGAAACCUACAGGAGGAAAUGGAGAAGACCCAUCUGAUUCUCUACAGGAGAAAAUGGAGAAGACCCACCUGAUUCGGUGUUCAAAGGAGGAAAUGGAGAAGACCCACCUGAUUCGGUGUCUAGCAGAGGAAAUGGAGAAGACCCACUUGAUUCGCUGUUCAGCCCUAAAGACAACGACGAAAACCCAGAGGUACUGA